CAGAGAGACAGAGAGGGAGGAAAGAAACAGAGAGAGCAAGACCCCAAUCGCUGCACACUUUCUGACAUGGUGAAAGGCUCGAUAAGAGACAUCAGGGCUUUAGAUUCUUAGCACCAAAAGACCAGCAGUGAAAAACAGAGAGAGCUGAUUUUUACUAGUGUUGGGAUUGAAAUUGUUGAAAAACACAAGGUGAUUUUUAAGGGAAAGUGGGAGGUCGUCAGGUCUGGACUGGCUUGGAUUUUCUUCUCCAGCACAUGGUGUGUAUAAAUGGGGUCUGGGAUACUAUGACUUUUAAUAAGAGAGCCUUAGUGACUGACCAACUUGAUUUGAAAAAAGAAAUAAAAAUCUAAAAAAUAAAAUCCACUUUGGAGACCAACUGGACCAAGAGCCAAAAGCCAGUUAUGGAGACCCUCCUCAGAGAGUUUUUUAACAUCACUCCUGAUCCUCCGGUCAACAUCUCUCACCGCCACUGGGGGGUGCCUUACUUGAAGAGAUUAGCGCAUCUGGACGAGGCACUUUAUGAGGAUUUUUACGGUCUGUGGGUCACCCUCAUGGUGGUCAACAGCAUCAUGUUUUUGGUGGGGCUCGUGCUAAACAGCUUGGCUCUCUACGUUUUUUGUGUGGGGACAAAAUCACGCACUGCGCCCCUCAUCUACACCAUUAACUUAGCCGUAGCUGACCUCCUGGUAGCGCUGUCUCUGCCGGCGAGGAUUGCUCUGUAUUACAGCGGGGGUGGCUGUGUGGCCUGUUCAUAUGUGCACACGUUUAGCUAUUUUGUUAACAUGUACUGCAGCAUCUUGUUCCUCACCAGCAUCUGCGUGGACCGUUACAUGGCAGUGGUUUGGGCUGCAGGCACAGCAGACCGCUGCAGAAGCCCUGCUGUAGCUAAAGGUGUUAGUGCAGGGGUUUGGAUCUUCUCUGUGGUGGUCACCUAUUCAUUCCAGACCACAGCUUUGGAAUUUGGUGGAUCAUCUUGCUGCCACCUGCCUGUGCUGUUUGCUGUCACUGUGCUGGAGUUUGUGAUCCCCCUGCUGGUAAUCAUGACUUUUACAGCUCGAGUUGCCUGCGCUCUUGCCAACGACCGUCUCAUGGCACAAAGCCGAGGUCGAAGGUCAAGAGCUGUGCGUCUCUUACUGGCUGUGCUUAUCGUCUUCGUCAUCUGCUUCACGCCCUUCCAUGUGCGCGAGGCCCUUGUGUACUUCCGCCUAGGAGGUGGCAGAGAACAGCAUGUGGUUGCCUAUCACACCACCGUGACCCUCAGUAGCCUAAACAGCUGCCUAGACCCUGUGGUCUACUGUUUUGUACCUGAUAACUUUCGCUCUGCCCUGCGCCGUGCUUACAGGAGGAGGGAGCCUCAGCAUUCCAGUGGAGCACAGGUGACUACCCCUCGCCAAAACUCCAAAGGGUCCAGCACCACCGUGGCUGUUGUUUACAGCAUAGCCAGGCUUACACUUAGUCCCUGCACCCUGCCUCCGACUGAGCUGCCUGCAUGACGGAAAAAAGGUAGAAGAGAAAGAACAGGAGAGAAAGAACAGGCAAAAAUAUUUCUUUAAUAUACAAUUAAACUGUCUCAGAAGUUGAACCUUGGAUCAUCUCUCACAGGACUUUAACCCUAUAUAGCUGUGUGUAUAAUUCAGUCAAAAAAAUAAGUGUCCAGAUUUAAGCGACCAUCAAAGAAAACUCCAUGUCCCUGACUGACUGAGUGACUUAUCCCUGUUUACACACAUACAUUAUUAUAUUGUUUAAUAUUGGGUUAAUGUGUGCAGGUUCCACCUCAACAUGCAACUGGUUUGUUCUUUUUUACUCAUUGUUAAUGCAUGUUCUUAUGAUUUAGUGUCCUUCUCGCUUAGCCAAGUCAGAAUAUUUAUUCAUUGUUCUAAUUCUGUGCUAUCUGGCUCAACAAUCCAUGGAAAACUGCAUGCUUUUCCAAAUAUAUUAUGAAAGAAUUGACCUGAAUGGUUACAAUAUGGAAAUAAAAACACUUUGCCCAAAGAUAACUACAAGGUAAUAGAUAAUACAGAGAUGCUAAUAUCUUUGGCUUAGCCAUAGCAUUUUUAGAAUUCAAGUGUGUAAAAGUAUAGAGUAAAAUACGCUUUUUAUCAGAUGUGCGGUUUGUCGUUUAGCGUGUUAGUAUGAAGCUGCCUCAUUUAUCAAAAAGGGUUUUGUAAAAUUCUGUUUUUUCUCUAUGCCUGCUAGGUUUUUCUGGUUAGCAAUAUUUGCAUCUUCAAUACGUUAGCAUUAGCAUUAGUGCUCUAAAGAAUUCACAUUGAGCUAUAAGGAAAUUGUGAUAAAAGUAGCCGUGGCCGAGAAGCAUACUUUGCCCUCCUGCACAGCUUUUGUCACCUGUUAAACAAAACAUGGCUAGACAAUUGUGGGCACCAAUAAACCCAUGUAUACACAUAUACACACACUUAAGAUGUUCAGUUCAGGUAUCUUAAAGGAAGUAUAUGUUACCCUUUACAGCCCAUAGCAAAUGAAAAUAUAUUAAGGAAAUGUAUCUAAUAUUUCUUAUCAUGAGCUUAAUACACAAGGUUUCCAUCCAUUGAGAGAGUUAAUACAUUUUAACAGUUAACUCUUUAGCUCUUAUUUUUUUUUAUAAUUAUUUUAUAUUUUAACAAAAACUUAUUCCUUCAUGAUUGCCAUUUCUUUGUAAACACAAACAUAGUCGUCUCUCCCAGUUUGACUCCCAGUUUGGCGAUGGUGUCAAGUGCGAGGUUCUCGCCAUGUUUCUUGUUAAAGACCAUAAACAUCUUCCUGAUCCAGCCGUGAGAAUUAUUUUGAUACGUUCUUCUUUUGUCAAAGGAAUCCUUAAGUUUAUCCAGAAAAAAUUAAUAAAUUCAAGCCAACAUUACUUAUUUUGAAACAAAAACCAAGCUUCAGUGUUCUUAGUCAAGAUACUUUUACUUACUAAGAUUUCAUUUUUAACAUGAUUCACUUGCCCUUGCAUUAACCUUCAGGUGUCUACUGUAUACUUAUCUAUAUUUCUUGGAAUAGAUUGCUAUUUGGAUUUUGCAGUCAAACAUUAUAUGUUCCAUUAAACUCAUUAGUUCCUAUUAGAUGAUGUAUUUGACAUCUCUGAAUGUGAAUGUUUAAGGCAAAGACCUACAGUAUAUCUUACACGGAAUUCAUUUCUUUUCUGCGUCAGUUGAUUUAAUGGACCAGGCAGUUCGUGUGUUUAUGUCUGUAAAGGGUGAAGACGGAAAAAUCAAACCUCUCAACAUUCUCCAGCAUGCUUUUAGUCCAAGCCAUUUCCUGACCUAUCCUCAAUGGACCUGGCACAAAAACAUUUAAAUCCCCAGUGUAAUUUGUUUUAAAUUAUUGUCCCAUUACAGCUAAUAGAGAACAGCAUGCCACCCACAGAUCUGUUUGGAUUCUCUUUAACUUAUUCAGCAGAUUCAAUAGAAAAACCAUUAAACUUCAGACUUCAAUGGCACACAUUAGACCUCACAGCAAUAAUUUAAUUACAUAAUGCUGACAUGCUUCCACAUUCAUUUUUACUGUAAUUGAGAUUCUCAGUAUUGAGAAAGUGCAUUGCAUUUAUUAACAAAACAAUUUUCCAUAUAUGCAAAUGUUGCAAAUGUUGCUGCCAAUCAAAUGUUAUACUUGUUACAGCGUUGUCGUUUAACUUAUUCUCCGCAAGAGGGCAGUGCAAGAUAACCUCUAAUACAAAUCAACCAUAACAUUAAAUGAGAACUUAAAACGGUGUUACAUUAAGGGACAAAACACACAGAGUCAGUAUUAAAGGCUUCAGGGUCCAUAAUAAAAUAUAUGGUUGAUCAUUGGUGGGCUUGUUAGUAUGUUAUAGGACACUCUUGUCACAUGGUAUGGCUUAACUGAUAAGUUCUAAAACAACUCUUACAGAAACAUCAUAACGUGUAACAGACUAUAUGAGAACAAGGUGUCUAAGGAGGGAUAACUUUUUACUGCCAUAGGUUUUGGUUUCACUUAGUGAAGCAUCACUGAAAUUUAAUAACAAGUUCCUUCUGACGGUUCCCAGUUAUCAUACAGAGAUGCACUUGAAUCUUAAUGGCCUUGGUUGCUUCCAGAAUGACUCCACCCCAUCCACAGGAUAUAAUGGUCACUAAAUGGGUUGAUGAGGAUGAAAUUGAAGUAAGUUAUGCUAUGGCUUUUACACUCAUCACAUCUCAGCUCUGUUGAAAACUUAUGAUUAUAUUUUGGAGUGAUGUUGAAGUGAUUGUUUUCCUCACCACCAUCAUCACCAUCAACACCAACUGUGGGAAAAUGCUUUGGAGGUACAGUGAUCAUCCUGUUCCAGUAUAACACCAGAGACUUGUAAAGUCAGAGCCACGGAGCAUGAAUGCUGUGCUGGCUGAUUUGUGGCCUGACACUUUACGAAUCACUUUAUGUUACUUGUAUGUCUGUGUUUACAGAAGUUGUGUACAGGGACAUGAUGUUUCAGUGCCAUGCAGUUGAUCCAGGCAUGUGUUUGGGUGGUUUGGUUAAUGUGUGAGGAAGUUUGUUACAGGAUAUGAAAGCUUGACUUGAAUAUUCUCUCACCAGCUUCAGACACAGUUUUAGUUAUGCAAACAUGUUCCUUCUUUGUCGCAUCAGAGUCGUCUGACAAAGGCGGCGGCUGUGUGAAAAAGACUCGCUUUUCUGAGGACACAAUCUCACAAUCUUAGCAUCUACACAAAUAGAUAUGCACACACACACACACACACACACAAUUUUGCCCACAGACAUUGUUUCUUAAUACCUAGUAGUACUGGUAAUAGUAGUCAUAGUAGUGGUAGUAAUAGUUGCAGUAGUAGCAGUCAGGUCUUACAAUGUCUGCUUUUUAUUUAUAUCAUAAUAACAGUCAGAGGUGGAAAGUUUUUCAACACAAAUAUCUUGACAACUUUCCAGAUCGUUCGUCACGUGCUGUUUAUUCUGCUCACGGCUACAUACGCAUAGACCACUCAGCUCACUGCUAAGAAAGAGAACUAAAGAAACAAUGAUGCACUUCUGACAACUUCUGAUCUCCAAAUCUAUUGUGGAUACGGUUGAUUUGAACUGCUACUUUAGUCUUUAGUUAUAAAGACUGUCCUAUGCUCGUCCCAUUAUUCACAUCCAUAUCUGCUUUUACUGAAUAUCGUUUCAAUACACAGUUCUGUCUGCCUUUUUGGAAUACAGCUGCAAUAAUAUAGAAACUAUUGGGUGUUAUCUAGAAGAUUAUGUUUCCAGUUUAAGUCUGGUUUGUCUCAAAGAUUCUUCACAGUCAGGCUGCUUUCUAAAAAUGUCUACAGUUAAAUUUUCGGUACAAAUAAAAUGUAAUAGAAUUAAACAUUAACAUACAGAAGAAACAUUAAACACUUUACUAUUCUACUAUACUACUAUACUAUAUAGUAGAGACAAUAUACACUAUAUGGCAAGAAAUACAUAAACAGUUCCAUCAUAUCUGAACUAUUUCUGUUGAUACAGAGAGCUAGAAGAUUGUCUGGAAUAACUUUUUAUGCUCUAACAUUAUGAUUGAAUGAAAAACAAACUGGAACACUGACUGCAUACCAGACCUCUACGUCAAACUCACUAAUUUCUAGUUCAGGCAUGAAACUCUACCUUCGUGCUGAUUGGUUCUCUAGAUGUUCUAUAGACUUUUCCCUGUCUAUGUUCUAUAGACUUUUCCCUUUUUAUCCCAACUGAACUCCUGGAAUUAGCCUCAGCAUGAAGCGGGUGAUUUUCCUCCUUCAUCUCUGUCUUCCCAGCACCACCUGUUUAUACAGUAUCUGCUUCAGGUAAGGUUCCUCCUGCCUUAUCUUACAGCAGCAUGUUCCUCAUAUCUCUAUGAAUGUUCAGGUUUAAGUCUCUGCACUCACCCAGCAGCAGCAAAAGCACCAGCACCAAGAUCAAACCUACAUUUCCUUCCCAUCAAUAAAAGCUCUUUACCCCCAAGAGCUGUCAUGAGUGAAAUUCUGUUGUGGCUAAAUGUUCAAA